AUGGCGCGAACGAAACGAGUCCCUGUCCGGCGCGAAUCUUCGUCCGAAUUCUUCAACAAACAGACUUCGUCUUGGGAAGACGCCAAUGGCAGAGGAGAGAAGUCGCAAGUAUCCAAUGGGCUUACAAAGGCUGCCAAUGGCCCAUCCUUACACGAUGCCAAGUCCGAGGCUGGCGUGGUCCAGCUCAUAAUUUCUGUCGCGGGAAUUUAUGCCUCAUUCUUAACAUGGGCCUACCUGCAGGAAAAGUUGACCACGACGCCUCACGGCUCAGCAGCCGCCCCAGAGCGAUGGCACUUCCCUGUGUUUCUCAACACUAUUCAGUCUCUAUUUGCUGCGACCGUCGGUUCGAUAUACCUGCUGCUCUCGACGCCAAAGGGCUCCUCCGUGCCUCCCAUCAUCCCUUCGCGUCGUAUUCUCGGGCCCCUCGCCCUCGUCGCCGUCACCAGCAGCCUCGCCAGUCCCUUUGGAUACGCUAGUCUCGCGCACAUCGACUACAUCACCUUUUUGCUAGCCAAGAGCUGCAAGCUCCUGCCUGUCAUGUUCCUCCACAUCACCGUCUUUCGCAAGCGCUACCCCCUCUACAAGUACCUUGUCGUGGCGGCUGUGACCGCUGGCGUCGCCGUCUUCACCCUCCACUCCGGCAAGAAGAGCAAGAAGUCGACCAAGUCGGACGAGGCCAACGUUGUUUGGGGCCUGCUCCUCCUGGGCAUCAACCUGCUCUUCGAUGGUCUCACCAACAGCACACAGGACUACAUCUUCCAGACUUUCCGCCCCUACAGCGGUCCGCAGAUGAUGUGCGCAAACAACAUGAUGAGCACCCUCGUCACUGGGCUGUAUCUCCUCGCUAGUCCGUACCUCGUCGCUACGGGUAUAGGCGAAUGGCUGGGCAUGGAUGUUGCCGGCAGCGCGGGUGAACUGACCGCCGCUCUGGACUUCAUGCGCCGCCACCCAGCUGUCUGGAAGGAUGUCCUCGGCUUUGCAGCCUGCGGCGCCAUCGGCCAAGUCUUUAUCUUCUACACCCUAUCUACAUUCUCAUCCGUCCUCCUCGUCACCGUAACCGUCACCCGCAAAAUGUUCACCAUGAUUCUGUCAGUCGUCGCUUUCGGCCACCGCCUGACGCAGAUGCAGUGGCUGGGCGUGGGUCUCGUUUUUGGCGGAAUCGGCGUCGAAGCUGGCAUUGCUAGACAGGAGAAGAUGGCAAAGGAAGCGGCGAAGAAGGCCGCUGCAAAGAAGGACUCUUAA